ACGCCAUUUCAAGAGAGCCUAUGUGACAUCUUCCUUUAAUCCAGUUUAUGGCGAGGCCACUGGAGAUGAGGGAGCAAUCAGAGCGCUCUUCAGAAUAACGGGAGGACGAAGGGGUCGCGUUCUGCUGGGCUCGGAUAAAACAAGCUGGACUCGCAGGCAACUGUUUGCUCUGUGGGGACAGAAGUUGAGGGCAGCCCUCCCUGCCAGGGGCUUUCACGGAUCCAGCAGCCUCGGCCGGACCACCCGCCACUGAGAGAAGAUGAGGACGUCCGAGAGCGGGGCUUGGAGGGCGCUGGCACAGCUGCUGCUUCUCUGGGCCGCUCUGGCUUGGCUCGGUUUGCCUGGCUCCAGAGGUGAAAAGCCAUGCUCUCUCCAGUCAAAUGCCGUCAAUGAGAGCCUUGCCAAGCAUAGACAGACGCGGAGCGUGGAUGUCACACCAACGCCUAUUGAUUGUGAACUGUCCAGCUGGUCCUCCUGGACCACAUGUGAUCCCUGUCAGAAGAAAAGGUACAGACAUGUCUCCUUGCUCCGGCCGUCUCAGUUCCACGGGGAGCCGUGCAACUUCUAUGACAAGGAAGUCGAAGACUGUGUUACCAACAGGCCCUGCAGAAGUCAAGUGCGAUGUGAAGGCUUUGUUUGUGCACAGACAGGGAGGUGUAUAAACCGCAGACUUCUCUGCAACGGGGACAACGACUGUGGAGACCAGUCAGAUGAGGCAAACUGUAGGAGGAUUUAUAAAAAAUGCCAGCAUGAAAUGGACCAAUACUGGGCAAUUGGCCGUCUGGCCACUGGGAUAAAUUUGUUUACAAACCGUUUGGAGGGCCCGGUUCUUGAUCACAGGUAUUACGGUGGUGCAUGCUCCCCUCAUUACAUACUGAACACGAGGUUUAGGAAGCCAUACAACGUGGAAAGCUACAGCCCACAGACCCAAGGCAAAUAUGAAUUUGCGCUGACAGAAUAUGAGUCGUACUCAGAUUUUGAACAUAAUGUCACAGAGACAGCAACUAGUAUGUCUCAUUUCAGCUUUGGUUUUAAAAAACCUGGAACAUUUGAACUUGGCAUUAGUUCAGCAAGUGGUAAUGCCAAGCAUUUUAUUAGCAGAACCAAACGAUUCUCUCACACUAAAAGCACAUUUCUGCACGCGCGUUCUGACCUUGAAGUGGCCCAUUACAAGCUGAAACCCAGAAGCCUCAUGCUGCAUUACGAAUUCCUUCAGAGAGUCAAGCAGCUGCCCCUGGAGUACGGCUACGGGGAGUACCGGGACCUCUUCCGCGACUUCGGGACCCACUACAUCACCGAGGCCGUGCUCGGCGGCAUUUAUGAGUACACUCUCAUUAUGAACAAAGAGGCCAUGGAGAGAGCAGAUUACUCUCUCAAGGAUGUCCUUGCCUGUGCCAAAAAUGAUUUUAAGAUUGGUGCUGCCAUCACAAUGGUCUAUGUCAAGCUGGGUGUGUCGGUGGACAAAUGCCAGCGUAUUCUGAAGGAAAUCGAAGAAAGAAACAAGAGAAACACCAUGGUGGAUGACUUGGUGGUCCUUGUGAGAGGAGGGGCAAGUGAGUACAUCACCGCCCUGGCAUACAAGCAGCUGCCGACAGCAGACCUGAUGCAGGAGUGGGGAGACGCAGUGCAGUACAACCCAGACAUCAUCAAGAUUAAGGCAGAACCUCUGUAUGAACUGGUGACAGCCGCAGACUUUGCCUACUCCAGCACAGUGAGGCAGAACAUGAAGCAGGCCCUGGAGGAGUUCCAGAAGGAAGUCAGCUCCUGCCAUUGUGCUCCCUGCCGAGGGAACGGAGUCCCUGUCCUGAAAGAGUCACGCUGUGAAUGCAUCUGUCCUGUCGGAUUCCGAGGCCCAGGCUGUGAGGUCACCGAUCGGAAAAAUGUCCCCAUUGAUGGGAAAUGGAAUUGCUGGUCAAACUGGUCUCCAUGUUCUGGAGGACGUAAAACAAGACAAAGGCAGUGCAACAAUCCACCUCCUCAAAACGGGGGCAGCCCCUGCUGGGGUCCCGCCGCAGAAACACUCAGCUGUUAAGGAAGGGAGAGCUUCCAGCAGAUGACACGCCUGUGGACUGCGAGCGGGAGAGCUCUGAGCCCGGGAGCUCAGGCCGGCUCACUCCCACACCAGCUCCCGCCUGCAGCUGGCCCAAGGGUGGAGGGCAGCGCCAUCAGGAUGUUUAAAAUAAAGAUGUUAUUUGUAAAACACACAUUGAUUUGAGCGAAUAGUUAACAAUAAUUCUAGGCUCCUCGAGGGCUUAAGCGUCUUGGCAAUCCUCGCUUUACUCAUCUCUCCGAUG